GUGUCCCCUGGCAUAGAGCCGUCGUGUCUGUUGCCCGGUCAGAGCCGCUGGCUGCUUCCGGCCCGGCGGGGAUGCGCUGCCCGCGGUCCUGGGGCAGGGGCUGGCCGGGCCCGGCCCGGGAUGGAGGUGGAGGAGGCCUUCGUGCUGGUGGGGCAGAUGGGGCCCUACCAGGUGUAUCUGUGCGCGCUGCUGGCCGUGCUGCUGCAGCUCUAUGUAGCCACUGAAGCUAUCCUCAUUGCACUAGUAGGGGCGACACCUCCCUACCACUGGGACCUCGAAGAGCUCUCAGCCAAUCAAAGCCAUAGCAACCAGUCAACUAAUGAAGAAAGAGCCUUUGGGGAAUGGCUUCUGACAGCCAAUGGGAGUGAAGUUCAUAAGCAUGUGCACUUCAGCAGCAGCUUCACAUCAAUAGCUUCCGAGUGGUUUUUAAUUGGGAACACAUCAUACAAAGUCAGUGUUGCCAGUUCAUUUUUCUUCAGUGGUGUCUUUGUUGGAGUGAUCUCUUUUGGCCAGCUCUCAGAUCGCUUUGGGAGGAAAAAAGUCUAUCUCACAGGUUUUGCCCUUGACAUCCUGUUUGCCAUUGCAAAUGGAUUCUCCCCCUCAUACGAGUUCUUUGCAGUCUCUCGCUUCUUGGUGGGGGUGAUGAAUGGAGGGAUGUCUCUGGUGGCCUUUGUUCUACUGAAUGAAUGUGUGGGCACUGCCUAUUGGGCAUUAGCAGGAUCGAUUGGUGGCCUGUUCUUUGCAGUGGGAAUUGCCCAGUAUGCUAUGUUAGGGUACUUCAUUCGCUCCUGGAGGACUCUGGCAGUUGUGGUUAACCUGGAGGGAACAGUAGUCUUUCUCCUCUCUCUAUUCAUUCCUGAAUCCCCUCGCUGGUUAUACUCACAAGGUCGGUUGAGAGAAGCAGAAAAUGCCCUCUAUCUCAUUGCAAAGAGGAACUGCAAGCAGAAAUGCACUUUUUCGCUAAAGCUCCCAGCUGACAAGAGUCACCGAGAGACUGGCAGUUUCUUGGACCUGUUCCGAUACAAGAUCCUGUUAGGGCGCACUUUGAUCAUGAUGUUCGUCUGGUUUGUGUGCAGCUUGGUAUACUAUGGUCUGACUCUCAAUGCAGGUGACUUAGGUGGAAGUAUUUAUGCCAACUUGGCUCUCUCUGGGCUGAUAGAGCUACCUGCCUACCCAAUCUGUAUCUACUUGAUUAACCAAAAAUGGUUUGGCCGAAAACGGACACUGGCAGCAUUCCUGUUCCUGGGAGGACUGGCCUGUUUUAUUAUCAUGUUUCUUCCAGAAAAGAAAGCCACAGGAGUGUUUGCAGUUGUGAACAGCCGUUCUUUGUCUUUACUGGGGAAACUGACAAUCAGUGCAGCAUUUAACAUUGUUUAUAUCUACACAUCAGAGCUUUAUCCUACAGUGAUCAGGAAUGUUGGAAUGGGUUCCUGCUCCAUGUUUUCCCGGGUUGGUGGGAUUAUUGCUCCCUUCAUCCCUUCACUGAAAUCUGUGCAGUGGUCUCUUCCAUACAUCGUGUUUGGAGUGACUGGCCUGUUGUCGGGGCUCCUGAGUUUGUUAUUACCAGAAACACUAAACAGCCCUUUGCUGGAGACGAUAUCGGACCUGCAGGUGUGCUCCUACUGGAGACUGGGGGAUGAAGCUAUGUCAUUGCAAGCACUAAGUGGCUCCCGGUCUGCAGACAAAGAUAGCUCUGCAGGGAGUGAAAGUGAAGAUGAAGAAUUCUAUGAUGCUGAUGAAGAGACUCAAAUGAUCAAGUAACAAGAGGAAGCUUUCCUUCUUAUGCCUUUUUUCUUAAUUUGUCCAGCCAGGUCCACCCGUAAGAAUAAAACUGGAACUGUCUGCGGGUGAAUUUUAACAGGGCAAGUGCCUCUGCCUUUCCAGCAUUGGGAGAUGAAUUAGAGUACUAUUCAGAUGCAUUACAGUGGUUUGACUGAUGAGCACUGCUGAUUUUUUUUCUUACUCAUGAGUACCAUUCAAAUGUUUGUGGCUCAAAAUUAUGAUUGCAGGCUAGGUUUGAGGCCAAAGAUGGUGGGGAGGUAUUUGACGUAUUUCUGAAACUUGAACUUGAGAACUGAUCCAACUUGCAGACAGACUUCUGCUGCAUGUGUUCACAUUUUCCCUUCAAGGUGGGCUCAUGUUGAUUUUGAAGCAGCUGAAAUCCAUGAACUUGAAAGGUUUCAACUGGGUUUCUUCAGAUGGAUGAAAUCUAAAGAGUUAAACUGGACACAGAAGGUACUACAGGCCAGUAUGAUGGGAACAAAUGCCCAAAAUCCUCUCAAGUUACCUACAGCACACUGGGAAAAAUGAACUAUGGAUUCUCUAACAGUUCUGCGUCCGCUCACUGGAAUGGAAUUUCAUACCUCAAGUGGUUAGGGAACACCAACAAAAGAUAGCUGUACUCAGUGAUGUUGUAGGGUGGAUGGCUAGAGGAACCAUCGGUUGGAGGGACCAGCUAAUAGGAAAGGGCAGAUGGUCUUAAAUAAAACAGAAAUCCCCAUUAUUGCUGAUCUCUUCUCCCCGAUCUGUCUCCUCUGCCUUGCCCCUCUCAAAACAACUUCCUUUUUUUCCUUUUAUUUUGGUUCUUUCUCACACAGGUUUGUCAUGACAGUCUAUAAAUCUCAGGACGGCUCUGUAUUUCUUUUGCAUAUUCUGUUUGAUUUUGUUCUUCUCAUCUUUUCUCACUUUGCCAUGUAAACCGAGGGACUUGUUUUUCCAUGGUACAUAGUGAGUGUCUUAUGGGAGGUAAUUUUACUUUGCUGAGUUUUGCAUUAUUGUGGCUAUCUACGAUUGUGGCUAUGGAGAAAAAUGAGAUAUUCAGUGGUACAGAGUACUGAAAUUGCUUGUGCAGGCUGCUGCUAGUGUCUUGGGGAUCAUUGCAAGAGGAUUCAAGUAUUUAUUUUAUUUUUCUAUAUAUAGAUAAAGUUCUUUGGAAGUUUCUUGAGCCCUCAUUCAAUUGGUUACUUGACCUUGCUGAGGGAGAACUGUAUUCUUUUGUUUACACUAAACUUUUUUUUAAAGUAUACUGAAAUAGAAGGAUGUUGAGUGUUGAAGUUUUGCCAACUAAUAGAUGUGGCCUUUGGGUACGGAUUCAAUAUUCCUAGUUAGUGUCGUCUUUAUCCUCCUAACUCUGACAGUUGACAUCUAUAUAAUUUUUUGCAGUUUAUGGGAUCAAAUUUCAUAUUAAAAGUGUAAAGGUAGCUGGUUAUUCUAUUGGAAAAUAAUACAGGGAUCAAAUGAUUGGGGAGAAGGGUGUUUAUUGAACAUAUUCCAGAGUCAGAGCAAAAAACUCAGUUAUUCCGGAAGGAAGCAGAAGAUCAGAUCUGAAACUUACAGCAGGCUCUCUAAACUUUGUCCAGUCAAGAGCUGCAUAGGCAACUUUCUAGGAGCCCAAGAGUUGUAGCUCUGUUACUUAGGUGGAAUGUCAUCAGGGCUGGCUCCAGGCACCAGCGAAGGAAGCAGGUGCUUGGGGCGGCCAAUACAAAGGGGCGGCACCUCCAGGAAUUCAGCGGCGGAUCCGUCAGUCCCUCUCUUCCUCUUUGAGCUGCUGCUGAAAAGUAAGAGAGGAAGUGA